GGGACUCUGAGAGUUGCUGCUGCCCAUGACAUGCGGGAAUUAUCAUGAUCAACUACCCAGCUUGGAUUUCACCCAGUGGCCAAGAGCUUUGCGUGGGAGACGGCAAGGGUUGGAUUUUUCAAAAGAGUAAACCAGACCCGUGACCAAGGUGUAGACUAAGAAGUGGAGUCAUGCUUCACACGGCCAUAUCAUGCUGGCAGCCAUUCCUGGGUCUGGCUGUGGUGUUAAUCUUCAUGGGAUCCACCAUUGGCUGCCCCGCUCGCUGUGAGUGCUCUGCCCAGAACAAAUCUGUUAGCUGUCACAGAAGGCGACUGAUCGCCAUCCCAGAAGGCAUUCCCAUCGAAACCAAAAUCCUGGACCUCAGUAAAAACAGGCUAAAAAGCGUCAACCCUGAAGAAUUCAUAUCAUAUCCUCUGCUGGAAGAGAUAGACUUGAGUGACAACAUCAUUGCCAAUGUGGAACCAGGAGCAUUCAACAAUCUCUUUAACCUGCGUUCCCUCCGCCUAAAAGGCAAUCGUCUAAAGUUGGUCCCUUUGGGAGUAUUCACUGGGCUGUCCAAUCUCACUAAGCUUGACAUUAGUGAGAAUAAGAUUGUCAUUUUACUAGACUACAUGUUCCAAGAUCUACAUAACCUGAAGUCUCUAGAAGUGGGGGACAAUGAUUUGGUUUAUAUAUCACACAGGGCAUUCAGUGGGCUUCUUAGCUUGGAGCAGCUCACCCUGGAGAAAUGCAACUUAACAGCAGUACCAACAGAAGCCCUCUCCCACCUCCGCAGCCUCAUCAGCCUGCAUCUGAAGCAUCUCAAUAUCAACAAUAUGCCUGUGUAUGCCUUUAAAAGAUUGUUCCACCUGAAACACCUGGAGAUUGACUAUUGGCCUUUACUGGAUAUGAUGCCUGCCAAUAGCCUCUACGGUCUCAACCUCACAUCCCUUUCAAUCACCAACACCAAUCUGUCUACUGUACCCUUCCUUGCCUUUAAACACCUGGUAUACCUGACUCACCUUAACCUCUCCUACAAUCCCAUCAGCACUAUUGAAGCAGGCAUGUUCUCUGACCUGAUCCGCCUUCAGGAGCUUCAUAUAGUGGGGGCCCAGCUUCGCACCAUUGAGCCUCACUCCUUCCAAGGGCUCCGCUUCCUACGCGUGCUCAAUGUGUCUCAGAACCUGCUGGAAACUUUGGAAGAGAAUGUCUUCUCCUCCCCUAGGGCUCUGGAGGUCUUGAGCAUUAACAACAACCCUCUGACCUGUGACUGCCGCCUUCUCUGGAUCUUGCAGCGACAGCCCACCCUGCAGUUUGGUGGCCAGCAACCUAUGUGUGCUGGCCCAGACACCAUCCGUGAGAGGUCAUUCAAGGAUUUCCACAGCACUGCCCUUUCUUUUUACUUUACCUGCAAAAAACCCAAAAUCCGUGAAAAGAAGUUGCAGCAUCUGCUAGUAGAUGAAGGGCAGACGGUCCAGCUAGAAUGCAAUGCGGAUGGAGACCCGCAGCCUGUGAUUUCCUGGGUAACACCCCGAAGGCGUUUCAUCACCACCAAGUCCAAUGGAAGAGCCACCGUGUUGGGUGAUGGCACCUUGGAAAUCCGCUUUGCCCAGGAUCAAGACAGCGGGGUGUAUGUUUGCAUCGCUAGCAAUGCUGCUGGGAAUGAUACCUUCACAGCCUCCUUAACUGUGAAAGGAUUCGCUUCAGAUCGUUUUCUUUAUGCGAACAGGACCCCUAUGUACAUGACCGACUCCAAUGACACCAUUUCCAAUGGCACAAAUGCCAAUACUUUUUCCCUGGACCUUAAAACAAUACUGGUGUCUACAGCUAUGGGCUGCUUCACAUUCCUGGGAGUGGUUUUAUUUUGUUUUCUUCUCCUUUUUGUGUGGAGCCGAGGGAAAGGCAAGCACAAAAACAGCAUUGACCUUGAGUAUGUGCCCAGAAAAAACAAUGGUGCUGUUGUGGAAGGGGAGGUAGCUGGACCCAGGAGGUUCAACAUGAAAAUGAUUUGAAGGCCCGCCCCUCACACUACUGUCUCUUUGUCAAUGUUGGUAAUCAGUAAGACAGUAUGGCACAGUAAAUUACUAGAUUAAGAGGCAGCCAUGUGCAGCUGCCCCUGUAUCAAAAGCAGGGUCUAUGGAAGCAGGAGGACUUCCAAUGGAGACUCUCCAUCGAAAGGCAGGCAGGCAGGCAUGUGUCAGAGCCCUUCACACAGUGGGAUACUAAGUGUUUGCAUUGCAAAUAUUGGCAUUCUGGGGAUCUCAGUAAUGAACCUGAAUCUUUGGCUCACACUCACGGACAAUUAUUCAGCAUUUUCUACCACUGCAAAAGCAAAAGAAAAAAUAAAAAAGAACAACCUACAGUGUAGGAUUUACAUAUUAAAAAGACACAUUUGUCUAAAACAUACUCUACAGAAAAAUUUGUAUCUAUGAUUAUCAUUUGUUAAAGCCUUGCAUCAUACCAUAUUGUUGGUUCAGUACCACAAAGAGAUCAAUAUAUUCUUUUCUUCCUUUUUUGAAACAUAUAUGCUGUACAUGUUUUAAAGCAAUAUAUAUGAGAGGUUGUGCUUUCAGUUACUCACCACUAUAGAUCCAAGUGUGAUUUCACCUUUCGUUACCUACAGAUGACCCUGAGGCUAGAUCCCUGGAGUUAUGGGCGGAGAUAUUUUGAGAGACGUGUUUGUCUGAUGUAGGAUGCCAAGAAACAGGACCCAAGGCAAAACUGCUCAACUCUGUUAACUUCUGUUACUAUAAAUAAAGGCAUGUGCCUAGUUUUGAUACAGAAUGGAAUAUUUUUUAUACUUGUAAUAAUAUCACACUGGACCAGUUUACUGUAACAAAGCCCUUGGUUUCUCCAGAAGGUGGUACACCACUAGAUGUACCUGUAAAAUGCAAGGUAGGUGUUAAUAAUGAAAAUGAUUCAUUUUAAUCACUCCUUGAUUUUACUU